AUGCCGGUAUGGUUUAGUAUAGGUCGAACAUGUCCGUAAAUAUAUACACGGUAUUGCUGUAUUUAUUUUGGUGUGGUUGAGAGUCUAGUCUAAAUCGAACUACUUUGUCCUUGACCAUGUGGAGGCAGAGAGCUUUGCAUUGCUAUCUCCACUAUAUUUAUAGCCUCAAGUCAAGGAGUUCAAGGGAGGAAGAGGACAACCCACUCCAACUCCAACCCGCAAGCAUCCAAACUGAGCUGAUCUCCUCUUCCUCCUCCAACUCCAAGCCUACAAAGUUCAGAGAAAUCCAAGAAAGAUACGAGAGAGAUAGGUCCACGUCGUUGACGAUGGCUUCUUCGGGAUGCAGCAGCAAUCGGUUGCGACAAACCAUUGUCGUUGCGUUGCUGCUGCUGGCUUCUUCUUCUUGCUUGGCAUCCGCGAAGCACAGGGGCAAUGGCACGACGACGACGGUGCCGUUCCAUGGCAAGGAUGAGCUGCGCAGGUACAGGAAGAUCAUGGCGCAGGUUGCCAGGUUGAAGAAGGCUUCUGUCAAGACGAUCCAGAGCCCCGACGGCGAUGUCAUCGACUGCGUGCCGGCGCACCUGCAGCCGGCGUUCGAGCACCCGAAGCUGCGAGGACAGAAGCCCGAGGCUGAGCCGGAGGAGAGGCCCAAGGUCGGCGGCGCCGCGGCGGCGGAGGCGGAGGAGGAGGCCGUGUUCCCGCAGGCGUGGACGGACGGCGGCGAGUCGUGCCCGGAGAAGACGGUCCCGGUGCGGCGGACGAGGAGGCGCGACGUGCUCAGGUCUAGCUCCGCCGUCCGGUUCGGGAUGAAGCAGCCACGCGCCGCCGGCGUCGUCCGCCGCGACUCCACCAGCGACGGCCACGAGCAUGCGGUGGGGUACGUGACGGGGGAUCAGUUCUACGGGGCGAAGGCGAGCCUGAACGUGUGGUCGGCGAGGGUGGCGACGGCGGCGGAGUUCAGCCUCUCUCAGAUCUGGGUCAUCUCCGGCUCCUUCGGCAAUGACCUCAACACCAUCGAAGCCGGAUGGCAGGUGAGCCCUGAACUGUAUGGAGAUAACAACCCAAGGUUCUUCACAUACUGGACAACUGACGCGUACCAGGCGACCGGGUGCUACAACCUCCACUGCUCCGGCUUCGUGCAGACCAACAACCGCAUCGCCAUUGGCGCCGCCAUCUCCCCCACCUCCGUUUACAAUGGCCGCCAGUUCGACAUCAGCCUUCUCAUCUGGAAGGACCCACGUCGGGGGCACUGGUGGCUGCAGCUGGGGUCGGGCCCACUGGUGGGGUACUGGCCGUCGUCCCUCUUCACCCACCUGGGCGGCCACGCCAACAUGGUGCAGUUCGGCGGCGAGGUGGUGAACACGCGGCCGUCGGGGUCGCACACCCCGACGCAGAUGGGGAGCGGCCACUUCCCCCGCGAGGGAUUCAACCGCGCCGCCUACUUCCGCAACCUCCAGGUCGUCGACUGGGACAACAACCUCCUCCCCGCCGCCGCCCUCCGCCUCGUCGCCGACCACCCCUCCUGCUACGACAUCCAGGGCGGCUACAACCGCGCCUGGGGCAACUACUUCUACUACGGCGGCCCCGGGCGCAACGUCCGUUGCCCCUAGAGCCACCACCCAAUUAAUUAAGCCGCCAGAGACGAGGAAGACGACGAUGAUUAUUAAGGGGGUAUUACUGAUCAUUACCAACCAAUUACAUGCAACACCAUCUCGAUCUUAUUAAUUACUCUACUCGUCACAGAAUAUAAGGGAUUUUGAUCGGAUUGGAUAUAUCUUAGGUAAUUGAAAUCCAGUCAAAAUAUCUUAUAUUUUAGGAUGGAAUGAGUAGUUUUCUAAGUAGUAAUUAAUUAGCUAGAUAGCUAUAGUAGUGGUUACUGAUGAUGAGUGUGUCAAGCAGCCAAGGAAGAGUGAUGGCGCCAAAAGUUUUUGAGUUGAUACGAGGCUUCCUUUUGAUUUUUUUUUUCUGUCUUUUUAGGGGGUUGUUUAGCUUAAUUUUCUUGAGUUAUGUUACUUAUGUAUACAUGAAGAAAUUGAUAGGGGAGUGUUAUGAUCACCAUAUGUAUAUAUAGCGUGGCAUCAAGAGUGUUUUUUGCCAUGCGUUUGAAUUAUCGAUGCGACCUUUAAAUUUUCA